GGCUCGGGAGCAGGUUGAGAGCGCACUCUUGCUCCGCGCUCCGCCCGAGCGCGCUGGCUGUCGACGAGGGGAGCGCUCAGCCCAGUGCCAGGGCAGGUAGUGAGGGGCGCGCAGCCUGGCGCGGACAUAGGAAGUAAGGAGGGCGUUCAGCCGGUGCACCAGCAGACAGUGAGGGCAGCUCAGGUUGGUACCUCUGAACACUGCAAAAGGGGAGCUCAGACCCAUGCACCUGCAGACAGGGACGGGGAGCAGCGCGAUGCACCGGCGGGCAGUAAGAGGGGCGCUCAGCUCGGUGCACAAGCGGUAAAGAGGACCCUCAGCUCCGUGCACCCGCAGGCAGUAAGGAGAGUGCUCAGCCUCGUGCAGUGGCAGACUGUAAGGGGCGGGGAAGCUCCGCUUUAUACACUCGCAGACAAUGAGGGGGGGCCCUCAGCUCCGUGCACACGCAGACGAUUGCUGAGCCUUCCUGACCCUCUUUGGCCCACCUCUGCCAGAGGCUGCGGAGCCAGACGAGGCGGGGCUGCGGACACCAAGUGGCGGGAGGCGGAGCUGGAGGCUUAGCCCCAGGCAGCCCGAAGAGGCUACAGCAUCGCCAAGACACCGCGCUUCGGAGACACCUGUUGCCACCACCCUCCACCCCAUUUGGCCCGCGUGCAGCGGACUUGCUCGAGCCCUAGAGGUGUGUAGAUCCUGCUCUUUCGAGGCCGGGCCCCCCCUCGACCCGGUGGUUCUGGGGGUGCAUGAGGAGGUGCUCUCUCAGCCUGCCAUGGAACGUGCCCUGCCUGACGGGGCCCUCAACGUGUCUUGGGGGCCGAGCACUGGAGAGGCGACAGCGCCCGGCUUCUCCGCCGCCUGGACCGUGGUCCUGGCUGUGCUGAUGGCGCUGCUGAUCGUGGCCACCGUGGUGGGCAACGCACUGGUCAUGCUGGCCUUCGUGGUGGACUCCAGCCUUCGCACACAGAACAACUUCUUCCUCCUCAAUCUGGCCAUCUCUGAUUUCCUAGUAGGAGCCUUUUGCAUCCCCUUGUAUGUACCCUAUGUGCUGACUGGAAAGUGGACUUUUGGGAGGAGCUUCUGCAAGUUGUGGCUGGUGGUUGACUAUCUGCUCUGCACCUCUUCGGUCUUCAACAUUGUAUUAAUCAGUUAUGAUCGGUUUCUCUCUGUUACCAGGGCGGUUGCAUAUCGUGCUCAGCAAGGCAAUACCAGGCGGGCAGUGCAGAAGAUGGUGUUGGUGUGGGUACUGGCCUUCCUUCUCUAUGGACCUGCCAUCCUGAGCUGGGAGUAUCUCUCCGGUGGAAGCAUCAUCCCAGAGGGUGAAUGUUAUGCUGAGUUUUUCUACAACUGGUACUUCCUCAUCACAGCCUCCACACUGGAGUUCUUCACACCCUUCCUCAGUGUGACCUUCUUCAACUUGAGCAUCUAUUUGAACAUCCAGAAACGAACCCGGGACCGGCUAGAUGUGGGCCGGGAGGAGCCUGGGAGGCUCUUCAAUCAUGAGUCAGAGACAAAUCCCAAGUUCUCCCUGAAGUGCUGGGAGUGGGAGCAGAAGAUGCCCCGGGAGACCUUGAACCUUCACAAGUACGAGGCACACCCUUCAGACAAGCCAGAUGGUGCCCGGGACUCACCCACAUCCAGUUCCAACAGUUCCACCCAUGCUUCUGAAAAGCCAAGGUCUUUGAAAAGGAGCUACAAGCCCUCGGCAUCCACCUCAUCCCUGGAGAAAAGGAUGAAGAUGAUGUCACAGAGCAUUACCCAACGCUUCCGGCUGUCCAGGGACAAGAAAGUGGCCAAGUCUUUGGCAGUGAUUGUGAGCAUCUUUGGUUUAUGCUGGGCCCCCUACACCCUCCUAAUGAUCAUUCGGGCUGCCUGCCAUGGCCGCUGCAUUCCUGAUUACUGGUAUGAGACAUCCUUCUGGCUGCUCUGGGUCAACUCUGCAGUAAAUCCCAUCCUCUAUCCCCUUUGCCAUUAUAGUUUCCGCAGAGCCUUCAUGAAACUUCUCUGCCCCAAGAAAUUAAAAAUCCAGCCCCACAAUUCCCUGGAGCAUGGCUGGAAAUGAUUCCAAGCUGGGAGAAAGGUGGGGAAAAAUAGGGAGUGGUAAUGCUGCCAGCACUGAAGUAAUGGGUCCCUAAUUGAAGGACCUAUUUGUAGCUGGUUAGCCCUUGCAGAGGUCGGGAGAGAUGAACUACUUUCUUAUGGGGAAUGGGCAGCCUGCCUUUAUGGUUCCUUCAGCAGCUCUUCAAUGCUGCAUCCCUCAAGUCUCUGUGGGAUGGCGUGGCUUUUUUUUUGCAUGCCCCAUUUUGGUCCAUCAAAGGUUGCCCUUUGAGUCUGGUGCCAGCCAUAAAGGCUUCACACUGUCAGGAGCUGGCCCGUGGGUUCUUAUAGUCUGAGCUUAAAACAGCUGCUCCCAGGAGCACAAAUAAGAGAUGGAGAUGGCUGGGGUUAUUCUAGUGCAGAUACUCUGGGUCUCGUUGGUGUUAUUAAGCUGUCUCUCUCUUUUUAAGGUUUAUCAGGUUGGGGUUUUUUUUUUUAAGUGCUGUGUGUGUGUGUGUGUGUGUGUGUGUGUGUGGUGUGUGUGUUUUCGUGAUCAAACAUUCUGCCUUCCCUUAGACUUCUCUGACUUUUUUCCCUACAGCCAGUCAGCCCCUGCUGAGCUGGUCUUACUCUUUCUAUAUGCUGCCACCAUAGGCACUAGCUUUAGCCCAGCUCCAUAGACCUCCUCCCUCUUGCUCUCUCCACUGGGAAAUUCUUAAGAAAGCAGGUCAUGGCAAAUGACCUAAAAGAAACCUCAGUCUAUUGCUUCUGCUGUAUUUUUCAUUCUGGAUAUUUUAGGAAAAAGAAAAAAAAUAUAUGUGAAAUUCAACCUUCUUUCACUAAUGAAGGAUAACAAAAAAAAAAAAAAUCAAAGGAACUCAGCGCUCAUGAAGCCUGCUGGAUUGGCAGCCAUGGACUCCCACGUCCUCUUUUCUCUGUGCUGUUGACAUUGUCUGAACUGUGGCAGCUUUGAGCUACUUCUAUCCCGUUCCACCAAUGAACCGCAGACCUAUUCUAGAGAAAGUAGACACUCUAAGAGCAAGAGCAAUAAGACAUUCAAGAGGACUAGAGAGUCUCAGAAGAAGUGGAGAUGAUCUGAGGAGUGUUCUGUCUCCAUAGGCUUGUUUCUUAUUCUACAACCCAAUGGAAGCCAAUCCGGUCUCAGCAAUGGUGCUGCAUUUAUUGUGUUCUGGGCACUAUGGCUGAUAGAAGUAAUGGAACUAGUGACAUCAGUCCAUCUCACUGAGGCCACUGGAUGGCCCUGACUUCUUUUCACAGUUCAGUCCCAUGUUAAGAUGGGAGAUGGGAGAUGGGAGUGAAUUUGAAAUGUAGCUAUUUAUGAUGAUUUAACUAUACCAGGCUUCAGUGAGACUGAGCACCAUUCAAUCCAUCAACAAAUGCUGAUUGUGCUUGUCACAGUGGAGGGGGUGAAGAUGUGUGGACAAUAUCCCUGUUCAAAGAAUUUGCAGUCUGGAAAAAUUUGCAGUCUAGGGAGAAAAAGCAUGAAAUAUCAACACAUCCUCUAGUGAUAAUGAAGGGCACAGGAGAAAACUGCCAUGAUUUUUUCAAAAUGAAACAAAAAGUUUCUAGGGGAGCAUGGUUAACUUAGCUUCUCCUAUAUGGAAGGACUUCCAGACUUUAAGCACAUGUAAUAACUUGACAAGACUUUACCAAGCCAGCUCUGAGUUCCUUAGUGUGAAGGGUCUGAUAUAGCAAGAAUAAGAGAUCACCUUCCUCAGUAGGAGCUUCAUUGUUUAAUUUAGGAGAUAAUAAUGUUAGAGAACCAAAGGAUGGUUAGAGAACAAGACAGCAAAAAACGGUCAAACUUAAGUGACAAGCAAUGGGAUUUUUGUAGGAAGCAGGACACACCAUCUAAAAAAAAAGUAGCAUGCCCUUUGAGUCACCCUCAUAUGUGCCUGAAACCAGCUGUUUUGCAUGUUCUGCUUCUGGCAAUGCUUCUGCUGCUACUACUACUGCCAAACUGUGAAAUGACAAUAAAGUGUAUUUUUUUCC